AUGUCAGCUUCAAACAUGGGAACUGCUAUUCUUGGCGCGGGUAUCUUUGUUAAGGAAGCACACCUUCCUGCACUACAAACGCUUGGCCCUCUCGCGCCAAAGCUCAAAGCCGUUUACUCGCGGUCAGAGAAGAGUGCUCGUGAAAUCGCCACCGAAGCAACAGCCCUCCUCAACACUACCCCUGAUGUUUACUUUGACGGAAAUCCAUCUUUAAAUCUUGAUGCACUUCUCGCCAGGUCCGACAUUUCUUCCGUUAUCAUCGUCCUCCCAAUCACCCAACAGCCGUCCAUCGUCUUCAAAGCACUCGCCGCAGGCAAACACGUGCUGAGUGAAAAGCCCAUUGCAGCAGACGUGGCGUCUGGUGCAAAAUUGAUCGCUCAGUAUGAAGCGCAGUAUAAGCCCAUGGGGCUCAUGUGGAGAGUAGCCGAAAAUUGGGAGGUUGAGCCAGGGCACAUUGCAGCUGGCCGUGCUAUUGCCGCUGGCAAGAUAGGAAAAGUCACAUUCUUCAGCUCUCGUACCGUCAACUUUAUGAACAAGGAUUCAAAAUGGUACAAGACCCCAUGGAGGACUAUUCCGGACAUUUGGCCCGUCUCCGGUUCCAUUGGAUUGAAUCAGUAUCAAGGAGGCUUCCUGCUUGAUGCCGGUGUGCACUCCGCCGCAGCGCUUCGUGUCAUACUCCCAAGUGCGAUGACUCACUUGUCCGGGUUUGCAUCGCUCAACAAGGAAUGGCUUGCGCCCCACGAUACCAUUAACACGAUCAUAAAAAACGCGGAUGGCUCGCAUGGCAUUUUCGAGCUUAGUUUCGCUGCACCCAGCCCAUCUCGUUCCGACGUAGGUGGCGGUAUUGUCAUUACCGGCACAGAUGGCUGGGUUCAGGUGCAGCUCAUACACAACGUCGAACAGCCCGUUUUUCGCAUCACUAUUAAGUCGGCCACCCGCGAUGCAAACGGUGUGCUUGGCCCCGAGAAGGAGGAGGUUAUUGAUGAGCCGCUCAGAGGCGUGGAAUUGGAGCAGGCGAGCUUCUUUGCAGCAUUAGAAGGAAAAGAUGAUGGUCUAGGUAGCCUCCUCGGUGCAUUGAAGGACGUCGCGAUUAUCGAGGCUGCCUUGAAGAGUGGUGGUGAACUCAUUGAUCUCGAGAAACUCGUCAGCCAAUCCUAG